AUGGGGCACCGCAGCGCGCAAUCCCCUCCACACCCUGCGCCUGAAAGGCGCACAGACGGAUUUCCGACACCAGUAGCGCGCGGAUGGUCGGCCGAAAACACCUCUCACUGCAGCGCGCAGAUAUGGAGCAGCAGAGUGGCACAGAAUGUGGUGCUGAUUGAUCCAACGAAAGGCAGUCCGCUGGCGUCGCUGCGCGCGUUCAAGGGGCCAUCGGGGCACAUCCCCUUCCCCAACAAGUGCCCCGCGCACCCCUUCAGGGGCGAGUGGCGCAGCGUGGCGUUCGGCCCAGCGCAGCGCACGCUGCUGGCCGCGGCGAGCUACAGCACGAGAGGCGCGCUUCGCCUGCCGGAACUCACGGACGCGCUGCACGUGUUCGACACGGUCGCAGCGGACGUCACGGCGCGAGUGCCGCUGAACAACACGCCGGAUAGCGUGUACUUCGUCCCCCUCGCUAACGAGGUGUGGGUGCACGCGGCCGACGUGGCGGACCGCUACUCGUUCUCCAUUCUGUCGGCGCAGCCGCCGUACGCGGAGGUGCACAGCCAGGGUGUCAACACCAUGCUCCCCGUGGGACGCGCGCGCCUGCUGCAGAGCCCCAACCUGGGCACGCGCGGCUAUCUGACGACCUCGGGAUCAUCGGGGGUGUACACAGUCGACCUCGCGCGCCCCUCUAUCGCGCCCGCGCUCUUCCUCUCCUUCCAGGAAGCUGCCGCCGUCUCACAGCGCGCCUGCCCCGGCGCGCUUUCCAGCGCGUAUGCACGCGUGCUGCGCCACACAUUCGUCUCCUGCGCACUUCCGCCCUCCGCCUCCCCCGUUUCCCCUGCUGACGGCGGAAUCGGGAUCGGCGUGAGCGAGGCCGGCGCGGGCGCACGGAAGGCGAGCGCGGGGGAAGGAUUGGCGGGAGCGGGGAAACUGGCGACGGUGCAGAUCGACGCGCAUACCAACCUGAUCGUGGGCGUCUGGCCGUUCGCUGGCGAGCUGUACAUGGCGCCGGACGAGAGCUUCCUCUUCGUGCUGGAUGCGACAAACAAGGCCAUCCACCUGCUGCAGCUGAGUGCCGUCCAGCCGCCGCCCUCGCAGCCCAACGGGCAGCCGCAGCCCACGCCGCGGCCGCGCCCCAACGUGACAGCGUGGCAGCCGCUGACGUUCAACGUGGACUACACGCCGCUCAGGAUGGUCUUCACUCCCAAGCCGCCGCACUACCUGGUGUACAUAAGCGUGGCGGAGGGCGGCGUGAUAGGGCGGCUGGACAUGCAGCAGCUGAUGCAGUGCGGCAGCGGGUGCUCGGCAGGCAACAUGCAGUCCUUUGUGCAGUUCGAGCAGCAGAUGGGCGAAAACUCACCUCCAAGAGGUGGCCUUGUGCUCUCGCGGCCGGUGGCAGCAGGUGGGGGCUACGUGUGCCAGGUGGCGGCAUAUGAUCGCAGCAUAGUGUGCUUGGAGGAGGCCACGGGCCAGAAGACUCCCUAUGCCAACAUCAGCGACGUGCAACACUUGAUGCUUCGCAUGUGUCGCAAAUUCGAUCAGUCCGACGGUACUCAUUCCGACGCUCAGUUGCGUGACAAUCACCUCCUCGUUCUCACGCUCACCGCGCCUGCGCACCCCGCGCGCGCCCUCUCCGAGUCCGCUGUACCGCCGCGUUAUGGCCACUGUACGUCUCAUGCCGGCGCGCUCUUUCCUCGCCGUCCUCCCAAGCGUUUGACGUCAGUCUCUCGCGCUUUUUCUCAUAACCUGUCAAGCAACCAGUCCAUGGCUCCCGAAGAGGGAGAGGGUAAUUGCGUGGGCUACGCCGCGCACGACGCGAGCGGGGUGCUGGCGCCGUGGAGAUUCAAUCGCAGGGAGGUGGGGCGGAGGGACGUGAAGAUCCGCAUCACUCACUGCGGCGUAUGCCACAGCGACGUGCAUUUCACCCGCAAUGACUGGGGCUACUCCCUGUACCCCAUGGUCCCCGGGCACGAGAUCGUGGGGGUGGUGGAGGAGGUGGGAGCGCAAGUGAGCAAGGUAGCAGUGGAGCAGCGGGUGGGAGUGAUGGGCAUCAUGGGGUCGUGCGGUGAGUGCGAGGCGUGCAGGCAGCACGAGGAGCAGUUCUGCUCCAAGUGCCUCUUCACCUCCAACUCGGUGGACCCUCACUCGCCGUCCGGCGAGUCCACUUACGGCGGCUACUCCUCCUUCAUCGUUUGCAAUGAAGACUGCGUCCUCUCCAUCCCUGCUGAGCUGGCAUCUGACGUGGCAGCGCCUCUGCUAUGCGCUGGCAUCACAGUCUACUCGCCCAUGAUGCAUUACGGCGCCAACAAGCCGGGCAUGCGCCUGGGGGUGGCGGGGCUGGGCGGGCUGGGCCACGUGGCAGUGCAGAUGGGGCGGGCGUUUGGCAUGCACGUCACUGUGCUGAGCACGUCCCAGGGCAAGGAGAGGGAGGCGAGGGAGGUGAUGGGCGCGCACAGGUUCAUUGUCACCAAGGAUGCUGACGCCAUGAAGGCAGCAGCGGGCUCACUGGAUGUGGUCAUAGACACGGUCUCAGCGCAGCAUGAGCUGGGGCCCUACCUCGACCUCCUCACAUUCAAUGGAAAGCUCCUCCUUCUCGGCAUCCCCCCAGCACCCUUCACUCUCCAUGCCAGUCAGCUUGUGUUCGGGCGUAAGAUGGUAGCAGGAAGUUUGAUUGGAGGAAUCAAGGAGACUCAAGAAAUGCUGGAGUUCUGUGCAAAGAAUGGUGUGGCUCCCCAGGUGGAGAAAAUUGCCAUCGGAGAUAUCAACAGGGCAUAUGACCGUUUACUUAAGGUCAGCGCGAUUCGGCAUUCGGCGAGUACCUCGGCGCUCGAACCGCCGUCGAGUGUCCGCCUGAACAGCAGCAGCAUCGCGACGAGGCGCACGGCGGAGGCAACCCGUGAGAAUAACCCUCGGGGACCCGUCGCGGCUAGUGCUCGUAAAACGGAUGCUUCUUCAUCCUCCGACGCGCGAGCAACGCCGCGCUCGCGGCGCGGCCUGAGAUUCAGCUCCGAGAUGGGCGGCGCCGCGGCGACGAGACUUGAAGUCCCCCAAUCCCGUCAACUGCGCCACAACGACACUUGGCAUGGCGAGUCGCUCGAUCGCCUGGCGAUCCCGAGGGCGCGGACCGACGUCGCUCGCUCGUCGCAUCAUCUGUCGCCGCGAGAAGCGCCGCGACUGCUGCUUCCCCGCGCAGCGGCAGGCCCUGGCGGACAGCGCACCGACCCCGCCUCUUGCGCUCCCCAUCACCCAUCGCCGCGCUCGUCCGGCAGAGGCGCCGCGACUCGCGGCAUACUGAAGAGCGGUUCGGACCCAGAUCUGGCGGCUAGAGAAUCCAACUUUGCAAAAUCGACGACGCUGACACGUGUCAUGCCCUCCGCAAUCGCCGCUGCUGUCGACACGCGGCCCUUGCUCCAAGCGCAGCCGCAGCGUCCAAGCAACAGGGCGAGAGGGCCGACGACGACGCUGAGCCGUCAGAUUCCGCGGCCAGCAGCCCUGGUGAUCGAUUGCGAUGCAGGCGAUGAUGACGACGUGGCCGAGCCGCCUCUAUCAGCGAAGAACCACCACACGUCGCCUGCUAGUCACACCCGCCAACGUCGCGAUAGGCGCAGCCCCGCUGCGCCCGGCGCCAGCCACCAGGAUCAGUUCCCCGUUGGCGGGACGACCGUUGGAAGGGCGCAACGGGGACAAUGCUCCGCCGUGGCGCAAGCUCCUUCCGCCUCCUCCGCCUCGCCCCUGGACCCCGCAUCCCCUUCCGCCACCUCCCCCCGCUUCCCCUGCGCCAUCCCGUCGCCUCGUCUCAUCCCCAUGGCAGCUCCCACAGCCUAUCUGCAAUCGCCACGUCAGCAGGUGCUACCAUCAGCCUCUCUGGGCGGCAGCUCCCCUGCAAUUCACCAGCAAUCAACCAUCGCCACGGGCAGUCCGGCUGGGCAUAUGGAACGGCGGAGGCAGGAGCCUGGUACUGAAAGAAGGGGGCAGAGGAGGGGCAGCAACGGCGGAGGCAGCAACAGCCGGCAGCUGAGUCGCUUCCACACGUGGGACAGUGCGCUGCUCGACGACGAGCCCGCCCCGCAGAUAACACCUCCCCCGGGUCCCCCCUCCUGCCGUGAGCACCGGCCCUGGAGGGGAUUCUCUGGCCGGCACCACGCGGCGGAGCAGUCGGAGCAGCCGUGGGCUGAAGGGGCUGACUGGGAGGAGAGGGACUGGCGUGGCGGUGUUGCUGGUGGCGCUGGUGGUGGCGUGGCACAGGCGGCAGCAGCUGCGCAUGCUGCAUCGCCCUGCACGGGGCUCGUGACUCGGUGCCGCUCGCACUCACUCCACCUCAUGCAGCCGUCUCUAGUGGAGCAUCCCUUGGCACGGCAUGCCAUAGAGGAGCACCUUGUUCCGCAGCAUCCUAUACCGCAGCAUCCUAUACCGCAGCAUCUCGUGGCGGGGCAUACCAUGGCAGAGGAUCCCACUGCGCGCCAAUGCCACGCUCACUCUGUUGGUCGCCGCCCUGUGCCCUCCACGCUGCUCCCGGACUGCCGCCUCCCCCGGCGCGCGGCAUGUGACGAGCGGACCGUGCGACACGCACGUGCGGUUUCGCAUGGCGGUGGGGGUUUGGGUGUGCAGAGAGAGGGGGAGAUGGCUGGGGCGGGAGAGAAUAUGCGGUGGGUGGAGGGGAAGGGUGGGGGGGAAGUGCAGGCGACAUCAUGGAAAGAGGAGGGUGAAUUGGGGGGCAUGGAGGCAAUGGGAGGGUGGCAGAGGGGUGUGGAGGCUGCUGAUAUGGAGUGUGGAGGGAAUGAGAGGCAUGGCCUCGUAGGGACACAAGUGCAGCAUGCUGCCUUUGUCCCGGUCCUUGGAGAUGGGCCGCGUCGGAAGCAGACCCGAAAAACAGACUCGUUUCAGCAUUGCGCUGCCGUCGGUGACGACAGCAAGCAACAGACCCAGCCACUGGGGAGACCUGAUGGGCAGGGAUCCAGUGAAGAUGCUGACGCAGGGGGGUUGAGGGCGAGUGAAAGCAAGGGAAGCUCCAGGGGCAGUGAGAAGCCCAAAAGCAAGCUGCAGCGAUCGCUGAGUGACGACGAUGAGGAGGAGGAGCAAGCCAAGGUUGUGAGACUGAGUCCUGAUGACAGCAGCAGGCGCAAGCAGCAGGGGAAAAAGGGUGCUUCACUGAAAGUCUCCAAGUCCAAGUGA